AGAAUAAUCGAUUGUUCUGUGAACGAAAUAAUGAAAGGUAUAGAAUGGUACCACAAAAAUUUGGUACCACCACUACUACAGGUUACCUGUAUGGUACAAAGUGCGCAGACUGGGUAAUAUAUCUAGUUAUAUAGCAGUUGAAGACAUUAGUUGGAAAUGUAAUUUAGCUUUAUUGUUCAAUAGUAUGGUAUACACUGUAUAGAAUAAAUAUGGCAAAAGAAAGCAGUUGUAAAGGUUGUAGUGGAGCUUCUAAAUAUCUGAUUGCUUAUAAUAGUUUACAAACAUUAGGGUGGUCCUAUCUUUUACUACAACUUCUGUAUUACUAUCUAUUUGCACAUAAUGAGUCUCUUUAUGAAACUGUGAAAUGGAGUUUGAUAAUAUUCCAAAAUGCUGCAGUUUUAGAAGUAUUACAUGCGGCACUUAAAUUAGUGAAAUCCAGUCCUAUUAUAACAGCAGUUCAAGUUGCAUCUAGAGUCAUAAUUGUAUGCGGAGUCCUUAUGGCAACAGAAACACCACGGAGUUCAAUUGGAUUCACUUUAUGCCUUGUGGCAUGGUCAAUCACAGAAAUUAUUAGAUACAGUAUGUACGCUCUCUCGUUGGUAGAUGCAGCACCUUAUGCUUUGACGUGGUUAAGAUAUUCUACAUUUAUUUUAUUAUAUCCAAUAGGCAUUACGGGAGAGUUGUUCUGCUUGUACUGGGCUCAAAAAGAAGUUGGAGAAAAUAACUUAUACUCUUUCAAAAUGCCAAAUGAAUUGAACUUUAUUUUCAAUUAUCAACAUGUUCUGGUUUUCUUGAUGCUGUUAUACCUACCCAUCUUUCCACCACUUUAUGGGCACAUGUUUGAGCAAAGAAGAAAAGUUCUUGGAGGAAAGAAAAAAGAAUAACUCUUUAAAGAUGUUGAUGUUCUUUUGAUAUUUCAAAUAUUUUCUACAAUAUCAAUUUUGUUGGACUAUAAAUAAAAUAUAGUUUAUAUUCAAA